AUGCCUCUCACCGAAAAUCGCGCUCUGCGCAUCCUCGACCAUGCAUCCACAAACCACUACGGCGUCCCAGCGAUGUGCUGCUACAACGUUGAAGGUAUUCUGGCCACAGUCCGUGCAGCAGAAGCCAAGCGUUCACCGGCAAUGAUCCUCCUCUUCCCCUGGGCAGUACACUAUGCCGACGGAAUUCUCGUCCACGCCGCCGCAGAAGCAGCCCGCAAGGCCAGCGUCCCAGUAACAGUACACAUGGACCACGCGCAGACGCCCGAGAUAAUCCGGUAUGCGGCCGACCUAGGCGGUUUCGACAGUAUCAUGGUCGACAUGUCGCACUACGAGAAAGCAGAGAAUCUAGCAUUAACCCGCGAAUUGGUGGAGUACUGCCAUGCGCGGGGGAUCGCCACUGAGGCUGAGCCUGGGCGUAUUGAGGGUGGGGAGGAUGGAGUUGCUGAUACAGCUGAUUUGGAGGGACUUUUGACUACACCUGAGGAGAGUCAGGAGUUUGUUGAUACGGGGAUUGAUUGGUUGGCGCCUGCUUUUGGGAAUGUGCAUGGGGAGUAUGGGCCGAGGGGAAUUCAGUUGGAGUACGAGCGAUUGCAGUCUAUUAAUGAGGCUUGCAUUGAUUCUGGGGUGUCGAAGAUCAAUAUCAAUAAGGUUUUGAACAAUGAGUAUGUUAGGGUGCAGGCGGAGAAGGCUGGGAAGGUGCCGCUAACUACGUUGUUGGAGGAGGCUACGAAUGCUAUGCAGAAGGCUGUUGAGCGGUGUAUUGAGAUGUUGGGCGCUGCGGGAAGAUACCCUUGA